CACUCAUAAGUAAAUUGUGGUCCUUCCAGCAUCGAUACUUAUAAAAAGGAGGGUGUUUAUCAAAGGAUUUGCUUUUGCGCGCUAGUAAUGGCAUCGGUUAUUCAACAGCUGUCCCAUCCCUAAUGGCAACAUUUCAGAGUCGUGACCGCAUAGAAAACAGUCUUAGUAAAACAUUAAAUUAAAUCAACAAUUUCAAAAAUGAAACAAAUUUUUAGAGUGUAAAAUUUCACAUACUUUCAACAAGUUCCCUAGUCAGGCCUCCCCGAGUACAGAAAAACAGCGGCGCCUGAACCUAUACAUCAAUAUACUUAUUGUGCAAAUUGUUCGACUUGAAAAAGGCACAGGAAAGCAUAGUAGUAGAUCUAGUAGAUUAUACGACAGGGGCAGCGAUUUAAUUAUUAUAAUAGUGUUGCCCAGAUUAACGGCGCUAGCAGACGCUUGAGGUACCUGCAUUGAAUACAGCAACAACAAUGUAAGCUGAGGGCCAGUGGGCAGUGCGGUUGUUUAUGCAAUGUUCUAGUGCGGCCCACGAGACCACGACCAGAGCAAGGAGAGCGAGAGCGGCGUGGUUGCUUACAUUGAUACAAGAGGAGAGUUGGGAGCAUCGGGCACCACUCAAACCAAAUGACGGUAAACAGUACACAUGCAAUGGAGGCAGAGGCACAAUUCAAAAUAGCACAGCGGGCGGGGGGUGGCGGUGGAGGCGGCCAACACCUUGGCUCAAACAAAUCGCUCGAAGUGGCGGGCAAGGAAAUCGCGGAUGCAGCGGAUGAUGAGACGACAGUUUUAUUAGCAAAUAAGAACUUUCACUUUGACACCGCGUCGGAACUGGAUGAAGCCUUCGUUGAGCUAAAUGGAAUAAGUGCAGAGGAGGCCAUGGCGGCGUCAGCAGAAGAACCUGAUAACCACACAGAUCAACAACACAAUCCAGUAACCUGGCUGAAUGACUACGAGAUCGAUACCCUUGAUUUGGCGACACUCGACAUUGGCAACAUGUUUAAUCGUGUCGACAGCCAGGAUAUUAUCUAUCAACAAAAAAAGAAGAACCUUAAGAUGGUAGGCAAAUACGUAAUGGGUGAUGUCCUGGGUGAGGGCUCCUACGGUAAGGUGAAAGAGGCCAUGGACUCGGAGAACCUUUGCCGACUGGCUGUGAAGAUACUCACAAAGCGUAAACUGCGCCGCAUCCCUAAUGGUGAGCAAAACGUCACCCGUGAGAUUCAUUUGCUGAAACAGCUGAAGCAUCAAAACGUUGUCUCGCUAAUCGAUGUGCUGUACAACAAUGAGAAACAGAAGAUGUACUUGGUUAUGGAGUACUGCGUUGGAGGCUUGCAAGAGAUGCUGGACUAUGCGCCUAAUAAGAAGAUGCCACUCUUUCAGGCGCAUGGCUACUUUAAGCAGCUAGUCGAUGGAUUGGAGUACUUGCAUGGCUGUCGCGUCAUCCACAAAGACAUUAAACCCGGCAAUCUACUAUUAACGCUUGAUCAGACGCUCAAGAUAUCGGAUUUUGGUGUCGCUGAGCAGCUGGAUCUGUUUGCGCCGGAUGAUACGUGCACGACUGGCCAGGGAUCGCCUGCAUUUCAGCCGCCAGAGAUUGCCAAUGGUCACGAGACGUUUUCGGGCUACAAAGUGGACAUCUGGAGUACCGGUGUCACGCUUUACAACCUGGUUACAGGUCUAUAUCCAUUCGAGGGUGACAACAUCUUUCGGUUGCUUGAGAACAUUGGACGCAGCCAAUGGGUGGCACCAGAUUGGCUCUUCGAACUGGACGCCAAUUUUGCCAACCUUGUACUGGGCAUGCUGCAGGCAGAUCCCAACAAGCGGCUCUCUUUGCAACAGAUACGCAAAGAUCAUUGGUUCAUAUCUGCACCAGAGGUGACCGGCCCACCGAUACCUAUUCCUCCACUCAAAGGCGAUGAAAUACGACGUUCCACAGUACUGCCUUACCUAGAAGCUUAUCACUAUGGCAACGAACAGGAGCAGGAAGAUGUCUACUUUACCGAGCACGAUGUAAAUCAACAGUUGGCGCAGCGCGCUGCAGCCGCAGCUGCAGAAAUUCGAGCACAACAAGCCGCUGCCGCCGCUUCUGCGCUUGAGCCCUCGACAAGUGCAGCGGCCGCUGCCUUGGCUAAUGGUAACCGGGAGGAAACAGCCAGCAAAAAGAAGGGCAGUUCGCUUAAGCGACGCGCCAAAAAACUUACAUCAUGCAUCUCCGUUCGCAAACUAAGCCAUUGUCGGACGUCGUAGACGACGGUCGUUCGCCGUCUAUUAGCGUCUAGUUACUAGUAAAAAGCAAAAAACUUUGUUAACAAAUUGUGAGAAACUUUUUGGUUUUGUUUUUUUUUUUUCAUUCUCGUUUUUUGUUGUCCUAAGUUCUCUUUGAUUUUCGCCAAGUAUAUAUUUAUAAAGAGAGGUAAACUCAUAAAGAGACUUUAAGUUAGCCAAACUCACGCGAUGUGAAUGUUGUUAGAGGGGCCGGGGGUGCAUGCAGAACGCAGGCUAUAUCCAAGUGACAAUACUGUGUAUUAUGUUAAACAUAUGAGAGUAAAUUAGUUGUUUAUGCUUAUGUAUCGUAUGUUAUGAAUGAAUUAUUGAAAGGAGAA